GUCACGUGGGGCUGAAGACUGGCGCGAAACUCCAGCGUUUUUCCCCCAUAUUGUAGCGGCGCCUCCGGUCUCAUCCGCACAGAAUGGACGUAUCCGAGCAGAACGUGAACGCCGCGGCCGCCCAGCAGGUGAAGGACGAGGUGUCGGAGAAGUGCCAGAAGCUGUUCCAGGACUUCUUGGAGGAGUUUCAAAAUGCCGAUGGAGAACUGAAGUAUAAGAGUGACGCGGAGGAGCUGAUCCGCCCUGAGAGGAACACGCUGCUUGUCAGCUUCCAGGACCUGGAACAGUUCAACCAGCAGCUGGCCACCACCGUCCAAGAGGAGUUCUACAGGGUCUACCCGUAUCUGUGCAGAGCGAUCCGGGCUUUUGCGAGGGACCACGGCAAUGUCCCACAAAACAAGGAGUUCUAUCUGGCGUUCCAGGACCUUCCGACCAGACACAAGAUCAGAGAGCUGACCACUCCUCGCAUUGGAUCUCUGAUGAGGAUCAGCGGUCAGGUGGUGCGCACUCAUCCUGUGCACCCGGAGCUGGUCAGCGGCACCUUCUUGUGUUUGGAUUGUCAGACUCUGGUCAGAGAUGUGGAGCAGCAGUUCAAGUACACACAGCCCAGUAUCUGCAGGAACCCCGUGUGCGCCAACAGGAGGAGGUUCAUGCUGGACACCAACAAGUCCAGAUUUGUGGAUUUCCAAAAGGUGCGCAUCCAAGAAACCCAGGCCGAGCUCCCGCGGGGCAGUAUCCCACGCAGCGUGGAAAUAAUUUUGCGUGCAGAAGCGGUUGAGUCAUGUCAGGCUGGGGACAGAUGUGAUUUUACAGGGUGUCUCAUUGUUGUGCCUGACGUCUCUCAGCUUGCCACUCCGGGUGUCCGUGCUGAGACCAGUUCCCGGGUGGGUGGAACUGAGGGAUACGAAGCUGAAGGGGUCCGUGGUCUUCGCGCUCUCGGAGUUAGAGAUUUGUCUUACAGACUUGUUUACCUUGCUUGCUAUGUUGCUCCUACAAAUCCCAGGUUUGGUGGCAAAGAUCUUCAUGAAGAAGACAUGACUGCUGAGAGCAUCAAGAACCAGAUGUCUGCAAAGGAAUGGGAGAAGGUGUUUGAAAUGAGCCAAGACAAAAACCUGUACCACAACCUGUGCACCAGCCUCUUCCCCACCGUGCAUGGCAACGACGAGGUGAAGAGAGGCAUCUUACUUAUGCUGUUUGGUGGUGUUCCCAAGACCACCAUGGAGGGCACAUCGCUGCGUGGUGACAUUAAUGUGUGUGUUGUCGGAGAUCCGAGUACAGCCAAAAGUCAGUUCCUCAAGCAUGUUGAGGAGUUCAGUCCCCGGGCAGUGUACACCAGCGGGAAGGCCUCCAGUGCUGCCGGUCUGACUGCGGCCGUAGUGAGGGACGAGGAGUCUCAUGAGUUUGUGAUAGAGGCCGGAGCGUUGAUGCUGGCCGACAAUGGUGUCUGUUGUAUUGAUGAGUUUGACAAGAUGGACCUCAAGGACCAAGUUGCGAUUCAUGAAGCCAUGGAACAGCAAACUAUUUCCAUCACCAAAGCCGGUGUGAAGGCCACACUCAAUGCAAGGACAUCCAUCUUGGCGGCUGCAAAUCCCGUCGGCGGUCGUUACGACCGGUCCAAGUCCCUGAAGCAGAAUGUAAAUCUAUCUGCUCCGAUCAUGUCCCGAUUUGACCUUUUCUUCAUCCUGGUUGACGAAUGUAAUGAGGUGACGGAUUACGCCAUUGCUCGGCGUAUUGUCGAUCUCCACGCUAGGAUUGAUGAGUCUAUCGACAGAGUCUACACCCUUGAUGAAGUCCGCAGAUAUCUGCUCUUUGCCCGCCAGUUCCAGCCCAAAAUUUCCAAAGAUUCUGAGAAUUUCAUAGUGGAACAGUACAAACGUCUGCGUCAGAGAGAUGGAUCCGGUGUCACCAAAUCUGCGUGGAGGAUUACCGUUCGACAGCUGGAGAGCAUGAUCCGCCUGUCUGAGGCAAUGGCGAGGAUGCACUGCAGCGAUGAGGUACAUCCAAAACACGUAAAAGAAGCUUUCCGGUUAUUGAACAAGUCUAUCAUCCGGGUCGAGACUCCAGAUGUGAACUUGGAUCAGGACGAAGAAAUGGAGGAGGAACCUCAAGAAGCCGUGAACGGUGAUGCCGGAAUACCUAACGGCCACGUGAAUGGAAUAAAUGGCCACGCAGAAAGCGAACCCAAGGAGACGGAGCCUAAACCUUCCCUGCGUCUCAGCUUUACAGAAUACAAGCGGAUCUCCAACCUGCUGGUUCUGCAGCUGAGGAAGAUGGAAGAUGAGGAUGAAUCUACCCAGAAGAAAAGUGAACUCAUUAACUGGUACCUGAAGGAGAUUGAAUCAGAAAUUGACUCUGAAGAAGAACUCGUUAACCGCAAGCAAAUCAUUGAGAAAGUCAUUCAUAGGCUCGUCCAUUAUGAUCAAAUCUUGAUCGAAUUGUCACAGACCAGCCUGAGGGUCUCAGGAGAGGAAGACGCCGCCAAGGAUGAGGACCCUUUCUUGGUUGUGAACCCCAACUACAUACUGGAGGACUACUAAUAAUCCAGGGACUUUCUGUCUAAGGACUUCUGGAACUUUUAUCAUCAGACUUUUUAACAUUUGAGACUUUGAGGAUUUCCUAUUUGGAAUGGACAUUACCCAUUUUACCAGGGUCUAAGGAGACUUUUAUACCUUGUCUGCAUUUCAUUGGUGGCCAAAGCUUGGAAGGAAUAUUGUAUAUAGAGUUUUCAUAUUUCAUGACUCUGUCAUUUCAGUUUUGGGUAUGAGUGCGGCGAGGGUCCCGGGUUUUCUCCGAUUUGAAGGAGAAAUUUCUAUAUUUUAGAAAACCGGGGAGGGGGGGGGGGGGAUUAAGAAGAGUUUACUGUCAUUUCUAGAGCUUUUUAUUCCCUGCUGUGAAUCUAAUGUCAAUUUUACUCCUGUUGGAAACAUGUUAAAGCCGUCUCUGGGAUUAAACAUUGAUAAUCUGUCCAUUGGAUAGAUCCAUGGGGGUCCUACCCUCACGAAUGCCUCCGGUGUGCAGAACAAAGGCAGCCGUGAUUUUUUGUUUUUUUGGGGUGCAGCAGAGAAUCAUACAUUCUAUAUAU